AUGGAUUAUCCUCAAGAAGCUGUUUCAAAGGAGAAGAAAGAAGCAUAUGACCUUGAGAAAAGCACUAUCACAGCCCUUACACAGGCAACCGGCGGCGUCGAGGACGUCAACUUGGCCAGUCUCGGUCUCCGUGGAGAAGCUGUUCGAGAUAUCGGGCUCCUCGCCAUCAUAGCCGCUGGUUGGAACAUUUGCGUUUCAUGGGCUGGAAUAUCGGCCACCCUUGCUUUGUCAAUCAUGUCUGGCGGCUCGGUGACUCUCCUCUACGGCGUGAUUGUCAUCUUUGUCACCGUGGGAUGCAGUGCGCUCAGCCUGGCGGAAAUGUCAAGUGUUUGGCCCACUGCAGGCGGACAGUACCAUUGGACCAACAUACUUGCUCCCAAAGCCUGGAGUCGAAGUCUGAGCUACUGGUGCGGGUCGGCAAACCUCUUCGGCUGGAUUGCUACAUCGGCCGGCGUCGCCAUAAUCCCUCCGCAGCUCAUUGCAGCGAUAGUGAUCUCGUAUGACCCAUCAUACGUCGUUGAGCGAUGGCACAUAUUCCUCAUGUUCCAAGCGCUCAACGUUUCUUUCACACUCUACAACAUUUUUUUGUUGAAGCGUGCCGCUUGGAUCCAUGAUGUCGGCUUUGUCAUCGGACUCGUCGGGUUCUUUGUCAUCUUCAUCACCUGCCUUGUGCGAUCUCCUACUAAGCAGUCGAGCGAGUUUGUCUGGGCAACAUUCCAGAACAACUCCGGCUGGUCGUCAGACGGUGUCGUUUUCUUAACGGGCCUUGUGAAUGCAAACUACAUCUACUCCGGCGUGGACGGUGCAAUUCAUCUCGCUGAAGAGUGCAAGAACGCCGCUCGAGCGGUCCCACAGGCUUUGAUGUCCACCAUAAUCAUUGGCUUCGUGACCAGCUUUGCCUUUGUCGUCGGCAUGGUCUACUCAAUGCAAGACUUUGAGGCUGUUCUGAACACGCCCACUGGGGUUCCGAUCUACGAGCUCUGGAUUCAAGCGACCCGCUCGCGCGGCAUCGCGACCUUUUUCCUCGUCAUCCUCAUCAGUUGCGGCUUCUUUGCUCUGAUAGGGUGUCUUCAAACCGCCUCACGUCUCUGCUACUCCCUAGCGCGCGACAAUGGCCUCGUCGGUGCCAUAUAUCUUUGCAAGAUCCAUCCUCGCCUUGGUGUGCCCAUGUGGGCGCUGCUCGCCAACUCAGCUGUCGUCUUUGCCAUCGGCUGUGUCUAUCUCGGCUCCACGACCGCUUUCAACGCCAUGAUUGGCACAGGACUGAUCCUUCAGCAGCUCAGUUACGCAUUCCCUGCCGCGUUGCUCAUGUACCAACGCCGAGCGAGUAAGUAUCUGCCAGCUGACCGCUUCUUUCGACUCGGUAACCUUUUUGGAUGGACGGCAAAUGCGGUGACGGUCGCGUUUGCAUUCCUAGUGCUCGUAUUCUUUUGUUUUCCAACAGUAAUGCCAGUCACCGCUGGCAACAUGAAUUAUGCAAGUGUUGUUCUAGGAGCUAUGGCCAUUUUCGCCACAGCGAAUUGGAUUGGAUAUGCGAGAGCAAGAUAUGAAGGACCGCGUCUACCUGAUGAGCUAGUUGUCAGAGAAUGACACGUUACAAAACUUUGCUGAACACAAAAAAUGUUAUGCGCCGUCCAAUAGGAAGGAGGAGAUUAUACGAAAAGCCAAAAUUUGGCGUGGCAAGGCAACUACCAAUGUCACAAAGACACUAUUCUUGAAAAG